AUGGCUUUUCGGGAUGGACUCAGGCUAAGGCCCAGUGGAAGUUUGAGGAGCACUGGUCACUCUCAAGAAGAUGCGACCGACCCCUUUUCCACUCCUCACUCGAGCAACGACGGAAUUCCGUACGAGUCGGACGUUGAGCUCAUGGACGAGACGUCGUUCACUUUCGACAAUCCUGAUUUAGCAGAUGUCGAAUACGGACACUCCGUACGAGUCACUGGACCCUUCCCCAUCAACGACCACGAUGGCAACGACAAACAGGAGAUCACGGUUUCCACGGGGAUUAUGACCUGCAUUCGCUCAUUGGAGUGCCCGACGAGCUGGCACGGCGAAAAACUAGGGGAACCAAACCUGUUCUACCUCAAACAGGACGAUCAAGGGUUCUACCAAACCGACCUCCUCGACACUACGACCAUGCUUGUGGGCUUCGCUAUCCACCAAACGAUUGAUUUUUAUCUUAACGGGCCAUUCAACGUUUACCGUCACGACAGCACAAAGUCCAUCGAAGCGCUUGAAACGACAGUUGGUAUCGGUAAGGGGAAAGUGGACUCUCUUCUGAACGACAUGCCCGAGUCUGUGGUCCUUGUUCGUUGCGAUUUACCGUUUUCUGAGUAUCUGGGCAGCAGAGCCAUCGGCAGGCACGUCGUCGUGGAGUACUUCCGUUACCCGCGGAAGCCACUGUGGAAGCACCGCGUCCGGAGCGCUCUGGUCCAGGAUUCCGGUCCCUGGAACGGAUCUCUUGCCGGAGAAAAAUAUGAGACUUUCCCCGACGAGUCUCCUGUCGAAAAGAAUGAUGUGGCUUUCACCAACGAGUCUCCUGCCCUGGUGGAGGAUGAGGCUUUCUUCGAUGGUUCUUUCCUCCACAUUCCCCUCUGGAAUGAUUACGAUGCCCAAUUACUCCAGGCCACUACAACGCCCUCCUUUGACGCCCUAAGGUUAAGAACUGAAGUCUCCUCUCCGCCAUUUGAUGAUUCGAUGGAUUUCGAUACACAGGCUCCCCCUACCCUGGACGGAUCCAGGCAUACCACCCCGGUACAGCCCGGUGACCUCGCCCAUCCACCUGGCGCAUGUCGCACUCUGGACCAGAUCCAGUCGUUCGUUAACCCCGCAGACCUGACAAUUGCGCUCACGCCUAGUUCCAGCCUUGAUACCACCGACACCUCCUAUCCCGACGACGAUGGUGAUUUAUCCUCCGAGUCUAUGGUCUCCGAAGGCGAUAAUGAUCCCUUGACCGAUUCAAUGGAUACGGACGACAAUGGUUAUCCCGCCACCGAGUUUAUGGAUAGCGACACCGAUGAAGACGGCGACAACCGUUCUCUCCCCAACGUCACCAAGGCGUUUUACCUUGAGCGGGCGGAGGUCCACUAUGGCGUCUACCCUGAGACCGAGUCUAUCGCCAGCGAAACCAGUAACAACAAUGGCAGUUCCUCCUCCUCAGCCGGUCCCAGCAGUCAAGACAAUCAACCGCCAGUGCUCGACCGCAACACCUGCAAAUCGGCGACAAACCUCAAGGGGGUCAGGAUCACCAAAGCCAAGUCCAAGCCCGCAGAGACCAACAAGCCCAGGCCUGCAAGGAAGGCCGAGACCAAACGACGUCAAGCAUCGGAUGAAGAGAUGGAAGUGCAAGUGGUGCCCACAGGAGUAUACAAGGAAGCCAUUCUCUAG